AUGCAAAGAACUCUUCAGUUUCUUGGGGCCCUCACUGCUGUAACGGCUGUCGCGAGGAUUCUUUCCCUUGCGCGACUGUAUUUUUCGCCUUCAAGCUCCUCUUUGAACCGCUGGAGACAUGGAAAAGAGCCUUACGCGCUCGUCACCGGUGCUUCAGACGGAAUCGGACUUGGAUUUGUCGAAGCCAUUGCUGCACAAGGAUUCAACGUUAUCCUCCUCAGUCGUAAUCGAGAGAAACUUGAGUCUCGUCGGUCAGCACUCCAAAAGCAGUAUCCUAACCUGAAAUUCGAGAUCCUUGUCUUCGAUGCGUUGAAAGACUCAUACGACGGUAUCGAGAAGCUGGCGAACAGCAUCUCGCACCUCAAUGUCACUAUCCUUGUGAACAAUAUGGGUGGGAUCCCCUUCAUUCCUGGUUAUAUACAACUCAUCGAAACGAGCUCUUCUCAAAUCGACAGGACCAUCGACUACAAUGCCCGUUUUCUGUCUCAUCUAACACGCUACAUGAUUCCAGUCAUGGCAAAGAACGGGCCUGCUCUAAUGCUAAACGUCGGAUCUGCCGCCAAACACGGUGUGCCCUGGGCUGCAGUCUACUCCGGCACUAAGGGAUUUGUUCUUAGCUUUUCUGAAGCUCUGGCCCGCGAGUUCAAGUGCAACAAGAUCCCGAUCGAUGUGCUGAACCUCAUCCUGGCCGAUGUGAGCAGCUCACAGACCCCCACGCCUGUGCACCUCCUCAACCCAGCCGCGAAGGACUUCAGCAAGACGGCUGUAGGCCGGCUUGGAGCCGCUGUUGCUUCCGGACGCAACACUCUCACCCCUUAUAUCCCCCACGCAUUGCUGCUCUGGGUCUUAGGCUUUCUGCCAGAGUCCAUGCAGGUGCUUGUUCUGGAUAACAUGAUCAGGGACGCACAAAAGCUUCACGAAAAGAUCUUCAACUUGAAGAAGGACUGA